UCUGCCUUGAGCAGCUCCCUCACAUCCAUUCUGCACUUUCUGACUCCUCUGCUCAUCCAGGAGGCUCUUCACAGCAUCACCAUGGCUCCCAAGAAAGUCGAGUCCAAGAAGCCAGAACCCAAAAAGCCGGAACCUAAGAAGGAGGCUGCUCCAGCUCCAGCAGCCCCCAAACAAGCUCCGCCGCCCGAACCAGAACCCCCCAAAGAACCUGCAUUCGAUCCCAAGGCCAUCACACUGGAGUACACUGGCGAUCAGAUUGAAGAGUUCAAAGAGGCAUUUCAACUAUUCGACCGCACACCUAAAGGAGAAAUGAAGAUAACGUACGCCCAGUGUGGAGAUGUGAUGCGAGCUCUUGGUCAAAACCCGACCAAUGCCGAUGUGCUGAAGGUCCUGGGGAAACCCAGACCUGAGGAAAUGAACUCCAAGCUGGUGGACUUUGAGACCUUCUUGCCAAUGCUGCAACAUAUCUCUCGCUUGAAGGAUCAGGGCAAUUUUGAGGAUUUUGUGGAAGGACUGAGAGUUUUUGACAAAGAGGGCAACGGGACCAUCAUGGGGGCAGAGCUUCGGCAUGUUCUGGCCACGCUGGGUGAGCGGAUGACAGAGGAUGAGGUGGAUCGACUUAUGGCUGGACAAGAGGAUGCCAACGGCUGCAUCAAUUAUUCUUCAUUUGUCAAACAUAUUCUUUCUGGUUGAACUGGAUUUGUACUGUAGGCCCUUACUCAGUGGAUGCUGUGGGUAAAUGAUCAGAGUUGUUAAUGAGAAAACUACUUUGACUUUUCCCCCUGAAAUCUGUUGUUUACAUUGUUUUAUUUAAAACUUUGUCUGAAUAAUAGCACAUUUAAAAUUGAAGGCUGUUUAACAUCACAUUGCCAUUCUAUAUGUCCGAUUCCUCUACACCUGAAAGACCCUUUCUCUAAACAUUCUGACUUAUGUGCAUAUGUUUUGUAAAUUUGCAAGUGUUCAGUCACAAAAUGUGUAAACAACAACAACAACAACAAUACCAAUAAUAAUAAUAAAAAAAAAACAUCCACAAAAUAUAAAUAUUACAGGUUGGCAUGGGAUUCAUUUUGAUUUAAUGAGGUACAAGAUCGCCUUACACUAGGCUUUUUGUUCUUGUAAAGGUUUUGUUCAUCAAAAAAAUAAAAAUAAAAAAUAAAAUAAAAUAAAAUAAAAUAAAUCUAAAGGAAAAAGAAAAAGUAAUUUUUAUUCCAAACCCAAAUUACUUCAAAAGGAGAUUUUUUAAGCUUUUAGUUUUUACAUCCAACCAAAGUAGGAUGCUGUCAAGCUAAAAAAAAAGAGAAACAUAUGGAAAUUGAAUUUGUUGCUCAUUGUAAAUCAACCCUUAUGCUGUAAUUCUGAUUCAUGUUCACAUAAAUUUAUGACAUGCCACACUAGGUUUGAUAUUAAUGGCAUUUGGUUACACAAACACCAACAGUAUUUGAUGUAAUUUUCAUGCUGCAAUACCGUAUUUAAAAAAACAUUGGGUAAAA